AUGCAGUCCCACAGUGUUCACCAUGCCAGUGGUAUUGCAGCUAAGCAGCCUAACUCUGCUAUCCGUAAGUGUGAUAGAGUGCAACUUAUCAAGAAUGGCAAUAUGAUUGUUGCUUUUGUUUUCAACGAUGGUUUCAUGAACUACAUUGAGGAAAAUGACGAGGUGUUGCUGGAUUUGGGUGUAAAGGUCAUGCUGUGGGUUCAAGGUCGUCAAGGUUUCUGGUGUUUCACUUUUGGCCCUAUUCAAGGAGAAGAAGGAGAAGCCAAGAUCUUAAUUUAUUAA